AUGAACCAAAACGAAAUCGAAAAUGUGUUUGUUGCCAUUCGAGUUCGACCGUUUAGCCAGCGAGAGAGUAAACGCAACGCCAAACCAAUUGUCUUUUUGCAAGAUAAAAAGUCGAUAGUGUUGCGGCAUCCCGAAGAUGGCGAGAUCAAUAAAAAGUUCACCUUUGAUCAGGUGUACUGGUCUCAUGACGGUUUCACCGAGGCGAACAACGGCCUGCUGGUACCUGACAUGCACCAUCCGAAUGGCGCUGCAUACGUUGACCAGCAGCAGCUGUACCAGCACCUUGCCCUGCCGCUGAUAAACAACGCCUGGAAAGGAUACAACGUUUCACUGUUUACCUACGGACAGACCGGCUCGGGGAAAUCCUUCACCAUGAUAGGCUACGGACCGAACAAAGGAAUCGUCCCCCGAGUGUGCGAAGAGCUCUUCAACACUAUUGAAAACCGAAAAGACCUCAACAUCAACAUUGAAGUGAGCCUUUCACUGCUGGAACUGUACUCUGAAGUAGUGCGAGACCUGCUUGAUGCAGACCCUAGUUCGCGAGAAAAGAGAAAAGGCCUGAAAAUUCGCGAACACCCAACAAAAGGAUUCUUCGCUGAAGGAUUGCAAAGCUUUCUCGUAACUUCGUAUGGAGAAUUGAGUGAAAAGAUCGAACAAGGAGUCACUAAUCGCAGCAUUUCGGCAACGAACAUGAAUGAAACUUCAUCACGAUCGCACAUGAUUAUUCUGAUCAACAUAAAGCAGCGCUUCCUGAACGCAUCAGGACAUGAGGAGACGAAAAUGUCAACGAUAAACUUGGUUGACUUGGCUGGAAGUGAACGAUUAAGUGAUCUGGCGGGAGGCAGAAACUCGGUGACGGGUGAUCGGUUCAAGGAGAGCGUGGCAAUCAAUCAGUCUUUGUCCUGUCUGGGAAACUGCAUUCACGCUCUUGCGGAGAAGGCGAUGGGAAAGAAUGUGAAAGUACCGUACAGAGAAUCGGUGCUAACGAGGCUGCUAAUGAAUUCACUGGGUGGCAACAGCAAGACGGCGAUGAUUGCCAACAUCAGUCCAGCUGAUAUCAACUACGACGAGACUCUGUCCACUUUGCGAUAUGCUGAUCGAGCCAAACAAAUACAGAAUUUUGCAAAGAUUAACACGGACUCUACAGAGAAAAUUAUUCGCGAUCUAAAGGAGGAAAAUGAAAAGUUAAAAAGAUUGUUAGAGCAGGAAACUGCAAUUAGUCAGAGCGCCUCACCAACCGAGUACUACGAUGAAGCAAAGGUGAAAUUGGAAGAAGAAAUUGAGGCCAUUCUUCAAGAAAAUGAACGCAAAAUGAAUGAACUGAAAGCUUCGUAUGAAGAUCGUUUAAAGGAAGAGAAAAGGACGCACACGCUGAUGCAAUUGGAUGAAAGCAAGCGAAAACAGCUGGAUCGCGAAAAAGACAACUGUCCACAUUUGUCAAACCUCAACUUUGAUGAACAGCUGAUUGACAAGAUCAUCUUUCUGAUCAAACCCGGCAUAAACACAAUUGGCAAAAGUGAAGAGUGCUCUAUUCAGCUAAUGGGACCGCUGAUUCAGGAGCACCACGCAGUGAUCAACCGAACCGACAGCAACAAAAUCAUCCUCGAUCGUAGUGAAGAUGACUGUCGAAUUCUGCUGAAUGGAGACCAAGUGACGCACAAGGUCAAUCUAACGCACAAUGACAGACUCUUGUUCGGCACUUCUCAGUUGUUUGUCUUCAAGAACCCUCUAGACAGAGACAAUGACACUGGCUGGGGCAAUGUGACAUUCGAGCUGGCACAGGAGGAAAUUGCCUCUAAAGCUGGGUACAGCUUCAACAAUGAAGACCACUCGAUAGAGCAGGCACUGCUCAAUCAGGAGUUGCUCGAGUUAAUUCCCUCAGUGGAUGAGGCAAAUGCAAUUAGCGAGGAACUCGAGAAGAUGGUUCACUUUGAUAUCAUUCUCGUUUCGCCAAUUUUCCUUGGCCGCAUCGGCCGUAAGCCGGAGCCCUACGUAAAAGUGGUCAACUCAAACACUGGCCAGGAGUUUGAGUGGACCAGUCAAAAGUUUUUGGACAGGCUCUAUUUGAUGAAGGAGAUGUACCACAACUAUGAAACUGGCGAAGAAGAGUGGGAUUUGCCUUUCGACCAAGACCCAUUCAUGGAGGACCUGCAGAGCGAGUGUCUAGUGGGCACUGCUCAACUUUAUUUGCAGCCGUUGGCGUACAGAGUUGAACUGAAAGAGCAACUUUCAUUGACUGACUUUAGCGGUCAAGAGAUUGGCAUUAUCAAUUUAGAAGUGAUACCCUGUAACGAGCACGGAAAUGAGUACCAAGAGCACGACGACGUUUACGUGGAUAGUCCUCAAGAACUGCUCGGAAAGCCAUUUAACUUUAUUGUAAAGAUUCUCGGCUGUCGAGGACUGCCACCAAAGUUCACGGACAUUUAUGUUCGCUUUCGCGUAUUUGUCGACGAGCAAUACUCAGUUUCAGAAAAAGUGUCUACCUCAGUGAAUCCAAAUAUGAAUUUCCGAAAACUGUUUCGCUUUUCCCAUGCUACACAGCAACUAAUUGAGUACCUAAAGGACGGAAUUCUCAAUAUUGAGGUUUUGGGAAGGCAACUACUAAAGUCAGGUUACUCGAUUCCGAAAAACUUGGGCCAAGACAAAGCACCAAAUCAGCAAAUGCUCCAAGAAGAGCUAGCCAAGCACGGUUACGAGUUGAUGAAUGGCUUCAAAAUGAAUGGCAGAGUGAUUGACCCGAACAAGCAGAGCAUCAUUGUCGAGCUGCUGUUGAUGAAGAAGCAGCAGGCGAGAAUGCACCAGCGAAUUGACAACAUUAAGAAGCUAAUUGAUAUUGCAGAGAAGCAAAAACGGCGACUCAUUCCAGUGCCCCUUCUAAAAGAGCUCAUCUUCACCACCACCUCUGAGUCAGCAGACUCAAUUCUCUCGCAGAUGCUCAAUGAUGACCACUAUCUGGGAAAAGACAUGACCAGUUCGGCGACUUGUUCCAUUUCUUAA